AUGGCGAACUCAAAUGACAGUGCUGCCAACAGCUACACAUUUGUAGAUUAUCAAAACACUCCAAACCAUAGUGCAUCUCAUCGACGCGCCGUCAAAUCUCACAUCUCCAGCAAAUACAGAACCUCGGUGCGUCAGCAAAAGCAGCCACGCUAUGCACUCCCACAACGAUCUCCCGUGGGUGCCAAGGAAGUCGCCGGAGAAGGUAGAGAGGGCAGUGAGGUUGGCUUGGUACGGCGCCGGCCAACGAGACCGUCUACGCAUUCUCCAGCGACACCUCAGACUCUCCCAUUCUCACAAACACCUUCCCCCUCGGAGAUGAACUUUAACGGUAUUCGCACGGAUCCGUUUGACGCCCUGCCAGGCAAACACACUCCUUGUGUGAGAAAGGCUCUCGACUACUACACGCAGGUUUUGAGUCCAUUACAUGAGCCACUCCUGAUGGCCAUGAACACUGUCAACCCGAUGAUGACGUGGGUAUUCCCACUAGUCCUCAAGCAUGAAAGCGCUUUCCAUGGCGCUGUUGCACUGUCCCAGGCGUAUCUGGAGAAGCGCCAGAAUCCGCUCUUGCCGUUUUCCCAGGAAGUUGACUUUCAUAGACGCAUGGCGGUCUCCAUCUUACACGAUCAUCUUCUCAACCACGAAGGACCUCCGGACGAUGCCACGUUGAUGACGGUACUGGCACUAGCGGCGCUCGACGUCCUUGAUGGAAGUGACAAUAUUGCACACCGCAACGGCUUGGCGCUAGUGGUGGCUCAAAAGGGUGGGCUGGAUAGACUUGGCUGUCGUGGAUUGGUCAAGGCCUAUUUGAUCCAAUUCGAUUAUUUCUGGAUGCUGGAAACCGGGGGAAAGUCUAUAUUCCCGUUGGCCAAACGGAAGAAAAACAGGAUCUACCCUCAGCAUCCGUUUGACCCCGACAUGCUGGCACUGAUUGGCACGCUUCCCGAAGGGUUCAGAGCACUCGCAUAUCAAGGGACACUUGGUGUGGAUGUUGUCGACAUAUUGUCUAGAGUGAAUCGCUUCGCUCGGGCCAAGGCAAACAACCUACAUCUUCCGCUAAUCAAUGAUCCGAUUCCAGAUGGCCAAGAUUACCAAGACAUCUUCGACACCUGCUCGUGCCUCCACGCGUCAGCUUCUACGGAGCACAGCCUGGAAAAGAACAUCUGUCUUGCCAUCAUCCUUUUCUGCUUCGAUAUCCACAGUCCUGCUGGCGUAUCGGCGAAAAUCACACCAUAUCGCGGGGCCCGUCAAGAGCUAACCAGAUCUCUUAAGUUCACUCCUUGGGAUACUCCUUCCGAGAGGGCUUGUCUGAUUUGGAUGUGGAUGAUUGUGAUCGCCUCAUGGAAAUUGGACCACGACUUGAGCCACGAGAGCUUGUGGCUGUGCCAGACAUUCUUCGAGAAGUUCCCCGAAGCUAGAUCGUGGUCUGCCAUGAGCCGUGCCAUGCAGCAGUUUUUGUGGUACGAACCAUUGAAGCAUGCGUGGGGGACAAGUUGGCGAGAAGCGCUGAGCGAUCACCAACGGAUGCAACAGAACCCUCGCCUGAUGGAAGCUGGUGAAGAAAUCCAACGUAGCCCGUUGAGCUCGUCUGGCACGAAGCACUCUACUCGGGAGUCGACCCCUGCAUCAGCAAGCUCCGCAGGGUUUGGCGAAGACUGGACUAGGCCAAGAAGCUUACCGACCAGAACUCGACAGACUAGUCAGGCGAGAAGUCAAGACGCAGCCGAAGACGGCACCCCAGGACCACCGAGGACGAAUGUCCCCUUACCACCUAUGUUUACUCUCGACACGUACCUGGGAGAAAUUCAAUAA